GAAGGGGUGGGUGGGGGGCUCCGUGCUAAGGUGGUGUAACGUCACUCUCCCUCCCUGCUCCUCUUCCUCGUCGUCGUUUACAUGUGGAAAAAAAAAGGAGGGGGGGAUACACACAUUAGGAAGAGUGGGGCUUUUCUCGGAUCCGGAUGAGGGGCGCCGACCCACGCAAAAAAUGGACCCGAGGACUAUUUAACGGCAAAGCAACACCGCGACGGAUAUGGAAAACUGGGGUUGAGGUCAGGGCUUUUCCAAGCAGUCCUUUAUGGACAGUCCUUUUUUACAUUGUGCCCUGGCCAUGCCAGGACAGAAAAAAAUGGCCUCCCCAUCAAGUUGGAAGCCGAGUUGUCCUAACUGCUAGUCCGGCUAGUGUCUGUGUAUCACUUCUGUCAUCCAGGUCAAGCGAUUGCACUAUGUUGUGAGAAGUGCUACCUUGUGGAUACAGUCAAGGAGUACAUCCCCUUCCUCAAGCUCAAUAUUUCUCCACUGGCUCUCCCCCAUUACUGCCCUCUGCUCGUCUCAGCCACCCACGGAAUGAUUUCCCCGUAGAAAUAGUUCCAAAGCAUUCAGAGACGUGCAGGUUUGAGGCCUAAAUAGAAAAAAAAAGAAGAAAAUAUGCUCACUAACGGGAUUAUAUUUCUCCAGAAAUGUAAAGUUUUACAUUUUGAGCAUCAUAUUAUAAUCCUCCCUACAAUCCCAUAAAACCCAAGGUUUUUUUUUUUUUUGCACACCUUCAGUAGUUGACUCACACUCUCCGGUCUCAUGAUGAUGUGUGAGGUGAUGCCCACCAUUUCUGAGGAUGGGCGAAGCGGCACGACCGGGGGCGCCUCCCCCCCGGCCGGACCCGGGGUAGGAGGCCCGGGCGGUGCCAUGGGAGCUGGAGGAGCAGGAGGGGGCUUUAGCGGGAGGGAUAUCCGAAGCGGGGGAGACGAAGGAGGCAGCACGGGCAACCUGGAGUCUCUGAUGGUUAACAUGCUGACGGAGAGGGAGAGGCUGCUGGAGAACCUGAGGGAGACGCAGGAGAGCCUGGGGACGGCACAGCUCCGCCUACGAGAGCUCAGCCACGAGAAGGAGUCUCUUCAACGGCAACUCUCCAUCGCUCUGCCACAGGAGUUUGCCGUGUUGACGAAAGAGCUCAACGUUUGCCGGGAGCAGCUUCUGGAGAGAGAGGAGGAGAUUGCGGAGCUCAAGGCGGAGAGAAACAACACGCGCUUGUUGCUGGAGCACCUGGAAUGCCUGGUGUCCCGUCACGAACGCAGUCUGAGGAUGACGGUGGUCAAGAGGCAAGCCCAGUCGCCAGCGGGGGUCUCCAGCGAGGUGGAAGUCCUCAAGGCCCUCAAGUCUCUCUUUGAGCACCACAAGGCUCUGGAUGAGAAGGUUCGAGAGCGUCUACGAGUGGCCCUGGAGAGGGUGUCCAUGUUGGAGGAUCAACUAGCAGCAUCUUCUCAAGAGGUAAUCUCUUUACGAGACCAAAUUAAAAGGCGUCAACAAGGGGUGGACGGCGGGAAAGAUCGACUCCCCAACGGCCCCGCCUCUGGCCUGGAGGACAGCGAGCUGGAAAGACAGCGGGAAGUGGAAAUAGAGCGUCAGAGAGCCGAACUCUCCCAGCUAAAAGAGAGGCUGGCCCUCAUGUGCCGGCAGGUUGGCGAAAUUGAGGAACAGCUUGCGGCCGCCAGGAGGGAGGUGACAAAGUCGGAGGAGGCCAAUCAGAAGCUCCAACGGGAAGUCAAAGAGGCCCUUUGCCAAAGGGAAGACAUGGAGGAAAGAAUUACGACACUGGAACGCAGAUACCUAAGCGCUCAAAGGGAGGCCACGUCCCUCCACGACAUCAAGGACAAGCUGGAAAACGAGCUAGCCAGCAAGGAGUCCCUCCAUCGGCAGAGCGAGGAGAAGAACCGCCAACUGCAAGAGCGUCUGGACGAAGCCAAGCAGAAGCUCCAGCAAACCCUGCAAAGAGCCGAGACGCUGCCGGAGAUCGAAGCGCAGCUGGCGCAGAGAGUCGCCGCGCUCAAUAAGGCGGAAGAGCGCCACGGUAACUUUGAGGAGCGACUACGGCAAAUGGAAGCUCAACUAGAAGAGAAGAACCAAGAGCUGCAGAGAGCGAGGCAGAGGGAAAAAAUGAACGACGAACACAACAAACGUCUCUCGGAUACCGUCGACAAACUUCUGUCUGAGUCCAACGAGAGACUUCAGCUGCAUCUUAAAGAGAGGAUGGCAGCGCUGGAAGAAAAAAAUGCUCUCUCGGAAGAACUGGCAAAUAUGAAGAAAAUCCAAGAUGACCUUCUCGCUAAUAAGGAGCAGCUCCUUGCUGAGCUGGAACGGAUCCAACUGGAGCUGGACCAGCUGAGGGGCAGGCCCGGCUCAUCUUAUUCCAGGGCGGGCAGCGUGAGCUCCCUUCCGUCCACCUUGUUUCGAAGAUCCCUUCCGGGGAGCGCCUCGGAGCUGAGGUACCCCCAGGGCGGGGGCUCGCUCCCGGCCGGCUACACCAGCUCUUCCGGCGCCGUGGUGGUCAGGCGGACUCACCGCGGCCGCUGGGGGCAAGCUCGGGACGACUGUAACAAGUAUGGCGAAUGGGACGCCGGUAGCAUGAUGGGUCCGGGUUUCGAAGGCCCGGAGGGAGUCUGCUCCGACGACGACGACGACAGGGAGACUCUGUUUGGGUCAGAGCUGUUAUCGCCGAGCGGGCAGACGGAUGUACAGACUUUAGCCAUUAUGCUACAGGAGCAACUGGAGGCCAUCAACAAGGAGAUUAAGCUCAUCCAGGAGGAAAAGGAGAACACGGAGUUGAGGGCGGAGGAGAUUGAGAGUCGGGUUAGCAGCGUGGCACUGGACGCGUCCUCCAUUCCGCCUUCCUCGCUCGGAGGACGGGACAGUGUCGGCCGGGGAUACAUGACCCCCUCCAUCACCUCCUCGACAUUAGCGUCUCCUUCACCUCCGAGCUCUGGCCAUUCCACCCCCCGCCUACCACAUUCUCCUGCCAGGGAGACUGAGCGACUGAACAGCAAAGAUGGCGAGGAAUGCCGAGCACUAGCCUUGAUUGACUCCAACCCUCCCGCUGUCCCUCGAGCCCUGCGACUAGACCGGAUGACACACACCCACCCAGGAGCCGGUCUGGAUGAUCUCAGGGAAUUUCGCAGUCUCUCUGCUGAUGGGGCCAUCACCGCCAGCCAGGAUUCCCUCCACAAAGCCAGCAAAAAGAAAAGCAUCAAGUCCUCCAUUGGGCGUCUUUUUGGGAAAAAGGAAAAGGGGAGGAUCGGUGCUCCUGGACGCGAGUCUACCUCUUUGGCCUCAACACCGUCUGAUGACUUGGGCCCGGCAGACCCAUUGGGUCUGGCUAAACUCGGGACAGGAACUGUAGAAAAAGACCGGCGAAGUAAAAAGAAACACGACCUGCUCGAGGAGGCUUGUCGUCAAGGUUUGCCCUUCGCCUCGUGGGAUGGCCCGACGGUUGUCACGUGGCUCGAGUUAUGGGUGGGAAUGCCGGCAUGGUACGUGGCGGCGUGCCGCGCCAACGUGAAGAGCGGCGCCAUCAUGGCCAACCUCUCCGAUACGGAGAUCCAGAGAGAGAUCGGCAUAAGCAACCCGCUGCACAGGCUCAAACUCCGCCUGGCCAUCCAGGAGAUGGUUUCCCUCACCAGCCCGUCGGCGCCGGCGAGCACACGCUCGUCGACCAGUAAUAUUUGGAUGACGCACGCUGAGAUGGAGUCACUCGCCGCCGCCACUAAGCCAGAGCAGAAAGAGUUCAGCUGGGAUCAGAUUCUGGCUUACGGCGAUAUGAACCACGAGUGGGUGGGGAACGAGUGGCUGCCUAGUUUAGGUUUACCCCAGUACCGCUCCUACUUCAUGGAGUCCUUGGUGGACGCCCGAAUGCUCGAUCACCUCACCAAGAAAGAGUUGAGGGGCCAGCUAAAGAUGGUGGACAGCUUCCACAGGGUGAGUCUUCAUUACGGCAUCAUGUGCUUGAAGCGCUUGAACUAUGACAGGAAGGAGCUGGAGAGGAGGAGGGAGGAUAGUCAGCAUCAUAACCAAGAUGUGAUGGUGUGGUCCAACGAGCGGGUGAUGUGUUGGGUGCAGUCCAUCGGGCUCAAAGAGUUUGCAGACAACCUGUUAGAAAGCGGAGUUCACGGAGCUCUGCUGGCUCUGGACGACACCUUCGACUACACCGACUUGGCCCUUCUUCUGCAGAUACCCAAUCAGAACACGCAGGCAAGGCAGAUCUUGGAAAAGGAGUACAAUGCUCUCAUCUCCAUGGGAACGGAGAGGAGGCCCGAUGAGGACGGCACCAAAACGUUCACGCGGUCGCCCUCGUGGAGAAAGAUGUUCCGGGAGAAAGACCUCCGAGGCGUCACCUCCGACUCUUCGGAAACGUUACCGGCCAACUUCCGUGCCUCUGCGAUCUCGACACCUUCUGUCACCCUGAGGAAAGUUCAGAGUGAAGUGAACUCGGGUCCAAGGGGAGAGUCGGCGUCAGUGAGAACAUAUUCCUGCUAAGAUAAAAGCACAUCAGAAGACACAACCGGAGCCCGGGAAGUGACAUUGGAGUUAGACAUCUGAAAAGAAUCAAAGACUCUGAGUACAUGAGGUCAGAUGAUAUUAUAAUGAAUGGAUGCCUUUUGAAUCAUCUCUCCGUCUUUAUCUCUCAAUCCAUUGUUGUGGCAUGAUGCUGUUUGAUUCUGUAGAAAGUGACCAACGCCUAUUGUGAAUUUAACUUUUGUUUUUGGAGUGUGCAAUGGCAAUACUGACACAUUGAAUUUAGAGUUUGGCAAGGGGGAAUCGGCUCCUGUUCAGAACGAUGCUUUCGGGUUGAAUUGGACGACAAUUGGAUAAACGAUAACCGACUUUUAGCAACAUCCCACUUCAGGAUGGUUUUUGGUGGUAAGCCAUAAAAUAUACGCCAGAGGCACAAAUGUGAACAGGAUAGUUUAAGCAAAAAUACGAGAUUUGUGUUCAUAUGCAUGCCGAAAUGAAACAUUUUCGAGUGAACGUCUGUCAUCUAAUGAUGUGGAAGCUUGGGUAUAUCAGAAGUUUGUAAAAGGUGUGUAUUUUAUUUUUAUCGUUUUUUUUAAUGACAAUUGCUAUUGUAUGUAUGUACAGUAUGUAUGCGUGUAAACUAUAUGUUCAUUUCAUACUUUGUUUGAAGAUGGAUGUGACUUUCAGUUUAGCUUAAGACAAAAAAAUAUCUUUUCAAAUUACGAACAGUCAAGAUAUGCUACUCGUUUGUGUACAUUUUGGAAAAACAGAUUGUCUUAUGGGUUAACUUGAUAUUAAUGAAGAGUAGUGAUGAUAAUUGAAUAUAUUAUGAACACAAUAAUGAUGAUUGUAAAAGCUGUAAUAGAAAAAAAAAAAACAAUCUGUAUGAAGCUUCUGAAAGUUGUUUUUCCCAAUCGGAUUUGUCAUUUGAAAGUUGGGGUAGUGCAGAGUGUGUACCAGGUGAGAACCCCAGCGUCACUUUUGUUUCUGUGGCGACGGAAUAUAAAAAAAAAACAGCGUCUUUAAUCCUGCAAAACAGUGGAGAACACUGACAUCUAGAGGCGU